CUAUCCUUACACAACCUUCUCAAGUCCCCCUCGGUCGAGGCAGUGCUUCUAGAGCAAAAACAUCCUACCUAGCAAUUGAUAAAUGAUAUCCACCCCCAGCCUAUCUGAAAUCAUUACGAGAUUCUCGAGAAUCUACAAAUUCGUCGAGGCUUCUUUUUCUUAUACUAUUAUAGAGAAACUCAAAAAAGUACCCAUGAAUAGUAACUGAUCACCGCUAAGAUAUUUUGACAGCGUCAAAUCUCCACAUUCGUUGUCCAUAUUUAGCCAAGAACCUGCAUUUCGACCUUGGGGAUCUCUUGUUUCAGGCUUGUACAAUCUUCAGACGAUCGCAACUUCGACUUUCUUUUUUAAGUGAGCGAACCAUUCCUACCUUUACGAACGAUUCCUCAAUAGUGUCAAGUUGAUACGGUUAAUCGAUACAUUCAAACCGUAUCCAACAUCGAUAAUGGCGUCGAAUGAUUAUUACAACUCUUAUUCACAUCAACAACAACAAUAUCAACAUGCCGAACCGCCAGAACCAUAUCACAGUCAAUUCGACGUUCAAUCCCAACAAAACACAGUACCUCCAUCAUACCAUUCUCAAGUACCUUCAAGACAAGGCUCGAUUCCAUCCCGAGUAGGAUCGACCAGACCUCAUGAAAUGUCACCGGUCUCACCAUUCGAAGCCCCGUUCGAUGAUCAUGUAUAUCCAGCACCAAAUGUGCCGCCGCAUAGACUAGAUAGCUCGAAUAGCUUAGGACAAAAUUCACAAUAUUAUUCACAAGGGGGUGGUGGCAGACCUCAUGAUGGAAUGGGUUACUCCAAUGAUGAUAUACCUUUAAGAGAAAACCCGCAAGUACCAGCAAAGGACGGCCCUACAGAUCAUAUUUAUGAUUCGAACUCGAAUGAUCAUGUAUAUGAUGCAGGAGAAUUGGCAGUACCUUCGCAUUUACAGAAUAACAAGAAGAAUAGAAUGAGCGACGCUAUGGCUAUGUCACUUAUUAAUAAAAAGAAAGGCUUUCCUUUCGUUACAUAUACUCUCACAUUGGUACAAGUGAUAGUAUUUAUUGUGGAGAUUGUUAAGAAUUCUCAACUUACUGGCUCUCCCAUCGAAAUUCAUCCAUCCUUUAAUCCUAUGAUUGGCCCUUCACCAUACGUGGUUAUCAACAUGGGGUCAAGAUUCACGCCUUGCAUGCAUAAUAUGACCGGCAUACCAGAUUUAACUGCCAUAAGUUGGCCAUGUCCAAAUACAACAAGUUCAACGGGAGCCGAUUGCUCAAUAAGUGAUCUCUGUGGAUUUGGAGGAGUUGGCGCCACACCAGAUCAAUGGUAUAGAUUCAUUUUACCUAUGUUUCUUCACGCCGGAAUCAUUCACAUAGGUUUCAACAUGUUGCUUCAAAUGACUAUGGGAAAAGAAAUGGAAAUUUUGAUUGGACCCAUUCGAUAUUUUCUGGUUUACAUCUCCAGCGGAAUAUUUGGAUUUAUAUUAGGUGGGAAUUUUGCAGCAACCGGUAUAUCGUCAACAGGCGCUUCGGGAGCUCUUUUUGGCCUCAUUGCUCUUACACUACUUGACUUAUUAUAUAAGUGGAAAGAACGUGUCAGUCCCAUGAAAGAGUUGGCUUUUAUCAUGCUCGAUAUUAUUAUAUCAUUCGUUUUAGGUCUCUUACCCGGUCUCGAUAAUUUCUCACAUAUUGGAGGAUUCCUUAUGGGUCUUGUUCUUGGUUUAUCGAUUCUUCGUUCGCCCAACUCUUUACGAAUGCGAACAGGUCAAUCAGAUCCACCAUACGCACCAGUCCCUACUAAAGCGAGCCAAGGUGACCGUGGUAUCGUUAGUUUAUUCAAAAAUCCUUCGGGAUUUUUCAAGGGCAGAAAACCAGCUUGGUGGGCUUGGUUACUUUUGAGAUUAGCCGCCUUAGUCUUCGUCUUCAUCGUGUUUAUUUUACUUUUAAACAAUUUCUAUGUCUAUAGAAAGACUUGUGGUUGGUGCAAAUAUUUGAGUUGUAUCGAUGUGAACAAUUGGUGUAGUUUGGGUAAUUUGGAUUUGACCAAUACUACGACGAAGAGAAGUUUACUUGAUAGUUGGGAUUCAAUGGCCAAGCUGUAUACAUAAACCGAGAUGCUUUUAUCAAGCUUUUGGUUAUAUUUUCCAUGAGAGUUAUGACAUGGGAGGGUGAAGUGUGGGGGUGAGAGUGGGAGUAGAUGUUACUUUUGCAUUUUUGAGAAAAAAAUAAGAGCAUAUUGCAGUAUGCAUAGCGAUGGAGUUGCUUUAUCAGGUUGGACAAUAUGGAUUUUUGAUACUCUGGAUGAGUUAAUACCAGACUUUACAUCAUACGAAUGUAUGAGGAAUGAUGAGACUUGGGUUGAGAAGAGUGAUCGGGUAGCUGGGACCAGGCAAAGGGAAUAAACUGCAUCUUACUUACUCGAGCGUUUUGAUUCAAGGUCUGCAUGUGCGGGCUGACAAACGCGUAUACCAUGAUAUAUUCCAAUAAAUUUAAUGAAUGAUACCAUUUGAUAUCAA